AGAGGUGGGUUCCGGGAGGGUGCUGGAGGGGGAUUGAGAGAGAGAAAGGGAGUGAGCACGGCUGCCGCUGGAGGAUGAAGAAGGAGCAUGUGCUGCACUGUCAGUUUUCUGCAUGGUACCCACUGUUCCGAAACCUUACCAUCAAGAGUGUCAUUAUUCCACUUCCUCAGAAUGUGAAGGAUUAUUUACUUGAUGAUGGAACUCUGGUGGUUUCAGGAAGGGAAGAUCCUCCAACACGGUCUCAGCCAGACAGUGAUGAUGAGGGAGAAGAAAUACAGUGGUCAGAUGAUGAGAACACAGCCACGCUCACGGCACCAGAAUUUCCCGAGUUCACCACUACAGUCCAAGAAGCUAUCAAUUCCCUGGGGGGCAGUGUGUUUCCUAAGCUUAACUGGAGUGCCCCAAGGGAUGCAUACUGGAUAGCAAUGAAUAGUUCCCUGAAAUGUAAAACCCUCAGUGACAUCUUUCUACUGUUCAAGAGUUCCGACUUCAUCACUCGUGACUUUACUCAGCCAUUUAUCCAUUGUACUGAUGAUUCCCCAGAUCCUUGUAUGGAAUAUGAGCUUGUUCUUCGAAAAUGGUGUGAAUUAAUUCCUGGGGCUGAGUUCCGAUGUUUUGUCAAGGAAAACAAGCUCAUUGCUAUUUCUCAGAGGGACUACACACAAUACUAUGAUCAUAUUUCCAAACAAAAGGAAGAGAUUUGCAGAUGCAUACAAGACUUCUUCAAGAAACACAUACAGUAUAAAUUCUUAGAUGAAGACUUUGUAUUUGAUAUAUAUAGAGACAGUAGGGGGAAAGUGUGGCUAAUUGAUUUUAAUCCAUUUGGUGAAGUAACAGAUUCACUGCUAUUUACUUGGGAAGAACUGAUAUCUGAACGAAACUUAAAAGGUGAUUUUAGUGAAGGAGAUGCUCUGGAGCAGGACUGUCCAGCUUUCCGUUGCACAAACAGUGAAGUUACAGUCCAGCCCAGUCCCUAUCUGAGUUACCGACUGCCCAAGGACUUUGUGGACCUCUCUACUGGGGAAGAUGCUCACAAACUCAUCGAUUUCCUUAAACUGAAAAGAAAUCAGCAAGAGGAUGACUGAAUAGAGUGCUAGAGUUCCAGACUGAGUGAAGGAAGAAGCCGCUUCUCCUUCAGGAAGCUGCUCAUGGAUCACAACUUCGGUUAAACCCCGUCGGAUGGGGGUGGGUGGGCAGUGUGGCAAUCAGUACCUUUUUAUAUUCAUGUAUAGUAAGUUGGGAAAAAACAGAGGCACUUUGCUACUUGUAAAAAUAACAUAAUAAAUAGAUCUUAAACAGAGGAAACCUUACUGUUCUGAUGAUAAAAUACUUUCUAUGAAAUA